CAUUUCAUCUAUGCAUGCUCGACUAAUGCCACGGAUAUGACGGACAUGCUAUCUUACAUCUCGACCAACGUGAAUUAGCGAAUUUAAGUCUUCAUUGUGCUUCCUCCAAUAUGUCGACAACUAUACCAGCACGAUCACAAGCUGGCAGGCCGUUAUCGUUAGCGAGAGGCAACAUUACUGCCUGCGUAAGAUGUCACCAGAAAAAAAAGCGGUGCGAUCAGAAGCUUCCUGCAUGCGGACUAUGCGAGGCGGCAGGAGUUCCGUGCAGUAGCUACGACAGGGUCGCGAAAAGACAAGUUCCUCGAAGCUACAUUUUCAGUCUGGAGGAGAGAGUGGCUUACCUAGAGCUGAAGUUGAGGCACUCCAGCAUCCCUUUUCACGACCUUGAAGACGAAAGGUCCACGUCACCAUCUACAACACAGUCAGUGAGCGGGAACCACGGAGUAAAUGCCCCAGAACAGCUACCAAACUCAUGUGCCCAGCAUCUGCAAACCCAAAGGGAAGGCGUUGAAGCUGUGACAAGCUUGGCGCUUGACAAGCUUCAGGCGAUGGCUCAGCCCAUUCCUGAGCGAGAGCCUCAUUUCUCUCCAUUGUUGUUCUCGAAAAUCACCCAACUCGCUAAGAACGCUAUGUUCACGCCUGCACUUAGCAUCCCAAGCGCAGUUGCCAGCACUUCAUCAUCUGAUAUUAUUCAAGAUCUUGAAAAUCAACCUGUCAAUCUACCAGAUGAGCAGGCGACCCAAAAGCUCGUCUCAGCAUACUUUGAGUUCGCGAAUAAUGGAAUGCCGUUGUUACAUGAGCCUACGUUUCGAGACAUGCUGAGACGCCUCUAUACAGAACAGGAAGUGUCGGACAGCCGGGCCACGAAUGGAACGGGUGAGUCCUCCUUGAGCCUAUUUUAUGCAUUUGAAAUCUUUGCUAUUGCAUUGUUGGUUCUGCAAAAGCGAGAGCCAUUAAAAAUCCCCAUUUCGAUGGCAGACCGAUAUCACAACGUGGCUUUGAGAUCACUAGAAACCAUUGGUUUGCCCAGCGGUAUCGAAGGCAUCAGGACGCUUCUUCUUAUUAGCCAAUAUACUUACCACCAUCCGACACUGUGGAGCUUUUGGCAGACAAUUGGUUACGCUCUACGCCUCGCGACUGAAAUCGGACUCCAUUCAGAUACGCCUACUGCAGGCGUUGACGCCCUUACCUUGGAUAAUAGGCGUAGAAUAUUCUGGGUUGCGUACACGAUGGAAAAGAAUGCUUGCAUUGCUUUUGAUCUGCCAUCUUGUCUGUCAGAUGGAGCAAUAACUGCAAAAUUUCCUAGUGCAGCCCACGAUGAUUGCACCCGAUCAGACGUCUUAAAUAUACCUGAUGAGACUCGCUUCUCUGCUAAGAAACUCAAUAUUCACCUCCUCCAAUAUCGUCAGAUUCAAUCUGAGAUGCAAAGCGUUCUUCACGAUAGACCUUCUCCGCUUUGCGCACAGAUUGAUUGGGGUCUUUGGCAACGCGGGAUGCAUGACCGCAUACGAAUCUGGUACGACAACGUGCCGACUGGAGAUGGUAUGACUAGUUAUGAUCGUAAAGAUCAGGAAAACUUCGAACUCUCUUUCUACAGGGCGCUUUUCUAUCUAUACAAACCAUCUACAAACAUACCUGAGCCGUCCGAGUCAUCUUGGCAGAUAGUCGCAGACUCCACGGCUCAAAUGAUCCGCCUCUACAAACGCUUCUUUGAUGAGCGUAGACUUACAGUGUACUGGCAAGCUAUAGCAAGCUUGAGCUCUGCUCGUACAAACCUCAUAUUCAGCUGGAUGAAGUCGCCGAAAGUACAAGAAGAAAUCACUCUAAAGACCCUUGAAACCCACGUGCAUACCUGCUCCUCCGUCCUUUGGGGAAUGGUAGAGCAUUUUCCAGCCUUCAAAGGAAAACGCGACACCUUCGAUGCAAUCUCUUCGGCAGUUCUAGCUGACAUCUCCUCAAAUGCGUCAGCCGAUGAAAGUCCACGACAUUAUUAUAUGGGUGCUGGCUUCCAUUCACUCCCGGCAGAUGGGAACUACGUCGAAGCGGAAGUCUCUGGAACGGAUGGUCAAACACCACGUCAACUGCCAUUCGAAGAUGACAGGAUCGAAGCGAAUCUACACCUGCCACGUGCUUUUGAAAUGCAAAGGGCAUUCCUUGAAGAUCAUCCCACUUCUCUUCAAGAUCAACCCCAACAUGACCCAGAUGUCCUCGAGGUGAUGUCCGACUCUGGGCACCCAGGUCUCAGCUCUGCCUCUUCCUUUGACUGGUCGUUGCCAGCACAUACCGAGCACGGCUUUUACACAAACUCUUGGUCUUAGGUAGAAAAUUAAUUGACAGCAC